AUUGUUCAAUUCUCUUACGUAGGGCUUGGGGAGCUUCAGAAUCCAGGACAGGCCUAAGUGUGGGCGAAGCUUGAUCUGCCGGAGGUAGAAGUGUUGGCAACCACGCUAGGUGCAACCCUAAGAAGCCAAGGCUUGUUAGAGGGAGGAAUUUCUGUGAGGAAAGAUGACGCAGAAGGGGAAUCUGUUUAAAGGACUGCAGAAGAAGAAAUCUAUCCCACCCAGUCGCCAUGGCAAAGCUCCUCACACUCGUAAAGGUAAGAGGGCAACGAAGCCUUCUAAGGUCACCAAGGAGAUGGAAGCUGAUCAAGAGUUGAGCAAGUUCAUAAACCACUGCAAUGAGAUCAAGGCUGCAUCUCUUGCUAGCAAGGAGGGUGGUCAACUUAGUAUCCUGAAGUCUGAAACUGAUCCCACAACUUCUUCCAAGACGAAGGACACACAAAAAAAUUCAGAUGCUUAGGGGAAUCGAGGCAUAUGGGCAUGAUAGUGAUCGUUGCUGCCUGAGUGUUACCUCAAAUUGCAUCUCAAGGAUUGCAGUUUUGUAGUUGAAGAUUAUUAUAAUGAUACAAGAACCAGUUUAUGUGAGAAACUUGUGAGAUAAUGUUGGUUUUUUAGCACAUCCAAUGGAACAGUGCAUUUAUUUGUUACAUAUUUUCCUUUUGCAUGGUUUCUGACAUUUUAUGAGACAAA